AUGAUACCCAACCCUACAUCUGAUCCAAACUUAAUCAAAGAACACCAAUUUUACGACUCAUCAUCCCCAUCAGCAACCACCACCGCCGCCACCAAAACGAUAAAUUCAGACUCAAUUGCAUCAGUUUUCCACAAAGUAAUAGCAUUUGAUACUGAUCAUGUAUUUUGUAUGGAUAAUUUCCUAAGGUUGAUUGUCAUUUCAUCGGUGCUUAUGCUUGUAUACAGCUUUUUCACUAGUGUGUUGAAGAGAAGAAGAAGAAGCAUUGAGAAAUUAAGAGAGAAGUCAAAACCAACCAACUUGGUAUAA